AUGUAUUUCACAACCUUUGCUCGUAGGAAAAUCAGCAUGCUCAUGAAAAAACUAGGUUUAUUCAGUCAUUCAAAGAACUCGUACAAUCGAAUUGACUCUACUGAAAGCUCCAAGACCCGCAAAGUUCUAAAAGGUCAUAUAGGUAUGUACGUGGGAGAAGAGAGGAAGAGGUACGAAGUUCCAGUGAAGUAUCUAUCAUUACCAGCAUUCCAAGAAUUGUUUGUGCAGUCACAAGAAGAUGAGCUUGAAGCAAAAAUAGAAGGUCCCAUCAUGCUUGCAUGCAAAACUGAAGAAUUUGAUCAGUUAUUAAAGCUAGCCAAAGUAUCUUCACGUUCCUAG